AGUGCUGAUAAAGUUGGCGGAUGAAUGAAAACGACACGCAUUUCAUUUAGUAUUUACUGAGUAUAUAUAUGAUGCUGAUCUAGAUCCAGGAGUAAUUUUUUUAUUGAAGUUGAAAUCAAUAAUGGUGAAUUACCAGAUUUGAAAUCCGAAAUUCAAAAAAUGGAGCCUUUCAAAGUUGACGUAAUCAUUUUUGGAGCGACCGGUUUCACCGGAAAAUAUAUCGUUGAAGAAUGUGCAAAUGUAGGAUCCGGUCAGUUCACAUGGGCUAUUGCUGGUAGAAAUGGUAAAAAACUGCGAGAAUUAUUGGAGAAAACCAGUGCCAAAACAGGAAUCGACGUGACCAAUAUUCCGACCAUCAUUGCAAACUGUGAUGACGAACAAAGUCUCGAUGAAAUGGCUAAACAAGGACACGUCGUGAUUAAUUGCUCUGGUCCUUACAGAUUUUACGGCGAGCCUGUCGUCAGAGCUUGCAUUCAAAAUAGCGUUCAUUACGUUGAUGUUUGCGGCGAGCCUGAGUUCAUGGAUAAAAUGCAAUUAUUGUAUAACGAUGCAGCUCAGGCCAACGGAUGUUACAUUGUUAGUUCUUGUGGAAUGGAUUCAGUUCCUGUAGAUCUUGGAGUUGUACAUUUUAUGAAAAAUUUUGACGGUCAAGUGAAUUACGUUGAAUCUUACAUGAGAUUCACCAACAACAGAGAUACGUAUGAGCCCGUAUGUAAUGUUACAACUUGGGAAAGUGCUGUUCACGGCUACAGCAAUAUUAAAAAUUUGAUCGAAAUACGAAGGCAGUUAUUCUCGAAAGCUCGAAAAUUGAGACCGCAGCCGCUCAUUCCUCAUCGACCAACUAUUCAUCGUAGUGAAUUAUGCGACAAUAAGUACAGUAUUACAUUCCCAGGAGCUGAUAGAUCUGUUGUAGUUCGCACUCAGAUGUUCUUAGCUGAACAGUGUAAUCUGAGACCGGUUCAAUUUAAUGCCUUCAUGAUAUGUGAUUCGUAUUUGAUUUUAUUGGCCAUGUUGAUCGUAGGAUACUUUUUACAAACUCUUACGAAGUACAGUUUAGGAAGAACUUUGUUACUGAAGUAUCCUGAAUAUUUUUCAUUGGGUAUGUUCUCACGAAGUGGUCCAUCAGAAGAGGCUUUAUCGAGUUCUACGGCGACCUAUAAAUUCGUUGGAGAAGGAUGGUCUUCUUCUUAUUUGAAAAAUAUCAGCGAGCCAAAGACGAUCACUGAUCCAGCCAAUGUUACUAUGACUACGAUGGUUAAUAUCAAAAAUCCUACUUAUGGAUUCACUGCCAUGUGUGCUGUCCUAUCUGCUGUGACUUUGCUCAAAGAACCUGAAAAUUUACCUCCAAGAGGUGGUGUUUAUACUCCAGGAGGAGCUUUCUACGAUACCAAAUUCUUGGAGAAUAUGGAAUCUCGCGGUGUAAAGUUUGAAGUUAUUGAAACACGCCAGAAAUGACGUGCUUCUUUUACUUUUUCUUUUUACCUAAGUUACCGAUAUAAUUUUACAUUCAAUUCGAGGAACUAGAUAACUAUAUGGGUGUUAAUGUGAUGUACUUGUAAGUUUAGUUUACGAGUCGCCAACUUCAAUCGAGCUGAAGUUUGGUUCCCUGAAAGAGCAUGUAAUGUCACUCAGACCUCUGAACCUAAAUUUUCCGUUUUCGAUGUUGGUUUUUAUAUUUUUGGUGAAUUUUCAAAAAUGUCAGAAUCAACUGCUGAAAAUUUGGUUUUGAGGUCUGGGUGACAUGCUCUUUCAGUGAGUCAAAUUCCAGCUAGAUCGGAGAUGGUAACGAGUUAUAAAGGUUCCUUUGUUAGGUUAGGUAUGGGUAAUAUUGGAAAAAUCAUGACCACUUAUUUAAAAAUGCAUUCCUUCGCAAGGUUUAUUUUUAUUUAAUUAAUUGAAACAUAAGAGUAGUUGUUGAAUCGUGAACAAGUUGAAGUACUUAUUUGAUCUUUUGUUUUAUUACAUGUAGCAAAUAUAUAAUUUAAUGAAAUCGAA